AUGGCAAUAGGAAACUCCUGGUGGACCGUCGUCCUACUUCUAUCGGUUGCUGGUUUUGCUACUAGCUCUAAUGACAUCGGACGGUUCUUGGUGAAUAGUAGAUUGGAAAUAAAUGUAAAGUCGCUCCUUUCGGAAGUAUGUGGAACAAACUCAUCAUUACUAAGCAUUGCAGUGAAAUCGCUUAGCAACGAGUACAGUGAUCGCACGGUAGAAAAUUUGUGCAGAAAUGCAACCACCGACGUGUUGCUGUGGAUACCAGUAGGAAAUUUUGAAAAUCUAGCAGACACUGGAUCAUCUAAUCGUUAUCUAGGAAAGAGUUUUGGUGACGAAGACUUUGCGGAGUACUGCAGCUAUGACGUAACGACUAAAGUCUGCACAGCCGAUAACGGAGUUGUGGAAGGCUCAAUACUUGUGCUGGCCGAAAAGUUCCCGGAACGAUACGAGCUGCGCGAUAUAGUAUACAAGAAGUGGACCAACUCAACCCGACUCGGUUCUCCCAUACUGGCCUAUGCUACGCUGAAAAACCGCGACCCGGCGUACAAGUACGUUGAUCAGGAUAUUUCUUAUCUGGCAGACACGCGCAUCGACUACGUCUUGCCGCCAACCGUGACCCACGGCGUGCAAUUAUCAGUUUAUCGGGGCAAAACUGAAACCUACAAGCUGAUCGCAGGGGAGACAUACUACAGCAGGGUUUUCAAGACGGUUAAUGCUAUUCGCUUUUUGAGCCCCUUCACUACUAUGAACUUGACCGUUAUUGGAUCUGAAGUACGGGACUACCGCGAAUUCCGUGCUAAACUAGUUACAAUCUACACCGAUGAGGAGGGCUACGGUUGGUCAAAGUCUCUUUCAUCUGUAGAAGCGGCUGUGAUCGAAACUAAACUUACGGAAACCCACGUGGAGUAUGCACUACCUGUUAAUUUAUACGAUAGCCAACCAGUGAUUCCCAACCAGCCGAUCGUCGAAGGGAACAACGGCAACCAAGGACUGCCGACACCCAAGCCAAUUUUGGCGAAACCGGAAAACAUCCACAUCCAUAUCAGCGAACUGGAUAUAGGGCAAGCCUACCCUGGAUUCCGCAACGUGGCUAUUGCAGCCGCUAUACUGUUUUUCUCUGUUCUCGGACUUGCGCUCCUGGACAUUAUACGACGCGUUAUUGCUAAUCGGCGCGCCAAACGGUUGCACCUGGGAAAAUACAGUCGAACGUAAAGCCAUAUUUGGAGACAACCCGUCAGAAACCGACUUGAUGGGUGGAUAGUUUUAUGUUAAAAUCGGUAGCGUAUGCCGCAUUUUAUUAGCACAUUCUUUGCAUUCACAAGUAUUAGUAAGUAGCUUACCAAAAUGUUGUAUGUGUUUCGCAGAGUGUAUUUAACGGAGUAAUAAACCAAUAAAAUUAUUUAACUAUGCUCUUCGGGACUAA